GAGGAAGCCGGCCUUGCAGCAGUCCCUCAUCACUGAAGGGCCGCGGCCCGUACCUUUUCCGGCCCAUACAUGUCGUCGCCGUACUCGUUGAGCAGGCUGUAGGCCUCCUCCACGCAUUUGCGUUCGUUCAUGUUGCAGCUAGGCUAAUUUCUCACCUCCCUGCAAGUGAAGAUGGAGCCACUGAAAUGUGAGCAGAAGUGAUGAUGCAUGCUUCUAGGCCUAAAUUCAUAUGAGAUCCUCCACAACUGUCUCUCUCAGCUCUUUGCUCUGGCUCUUACUGUGCUGUUUGUCAGCUGGCUGAUUUCCGAGGAUCCAGCACAGGGCCCUUAGGAGGGGAUUACACUUCAGUUGAGUACUAGAGAAGAAAACCUGAUUCCAUUCCAGAGAAUCCAUGGAAUAAUGGAUAUAGGAAAUGAUUGCCCAAAGCUUCAUUAGGUGAAAAGCUGAUGGAACCUUGUCAUGGAUGGAUCAGGCUAAUACCUUAACAUCACAAAAGAUGGAUUGGUUUCUGUGGAAAUCCUGAGGGUUAACACAUCCAGCAAAACUGAUGCUAGCUCUUUUCACCAUGGAGACAUUACUUCGUGCCAAGUGUUUUCAGCACCUAGCAAUCCCUGGUUCUGUGAGAGUACUGUAUAAAGAUUAUAGAACAGUGCUCCCUCAGAAUUUUUCCAACUAUGAAUCCGUGAAACAGGAAUUCAAACUGGAGAUUCCAGAGUAUUUCAACUUUGCUAAAGAUGUCCUGGACCAAUGGACGAAUAUGGAAAAGGCUGGAAAGAGACCUUCCAAUCCAGCCUUCUGGUGGAUAAAUGGAAAUGGAGAAGAAGUGAGAUGGAGUUUUGAGGAACUGGGAUCUUUGUCUAGGAAAUUUGCCAAUAUACUUACAGAAGUCUGUUCCCUGCAAAGAGGAGAUCGAGUAAUUGUGAUUCUGCCCAAGAUCCCAGAAUGGUGGCUUGCAAAUGUAGCCUGUUUGCGAACAGGGACAGUUUUAAUUCCAGGAACCACUCAGCUGACCCAGAAAGACAUUCUCUACAGACUACAAUCUUCGAAAGCAAAGUGCAUUAUUACCAACGAAGCUUUAGCCCCAGCAGUAGAUGCUGUUGCAUCUAAAUGUGAAAAUCUGCACUCCAAGCUAAUUGUGUCUCAGAAACUCAAAGACGGGUGGGGGAACCUCAAGGAGAUGAUGAAACACGCCAGUGACAACCACACCUGUGUGAAGACAAAACACGAUGAGAUGAUGGCUAUUUACUUUACCAGUGGAACAAGCGGAUCUCCUAAAAUGACUGGACACACUCAUAGCAGUUUUGGUUUAGGAUUAUCUGUAAAUGGAAGGUUCUGGCUGGAUUUGACUCCUUCAGAUGUGAUGUGGAAUACCUCAGACACAGGCUGGGCAAAGUCGGCGUGGAGUAGCGUCUUUUCUCCAUGGAUCCAGGGAGCAUGUGUAUUUGCACAUUAUUUGCCACGUUUUGAGCCAACUUCCAUCUUGCAAACACUUUCCAAGUUUCCCAUCACAGUCUUCUGUUCAGCACCAACUGCAUACCGAAUGCUUGUACGGAAUAUGACCAGCUAUAAGUUCAAAAGCUUAAAGCACUGUGUGAGUGCCGGGGAACCAAUCAAUCCUGAAGUGACUGAACAAUGGAGAAAAAGGACAGGUCUGGAUAUCUAUGAAGGAUAUGGACAGACUGAAACGGUGCUAAUCUGUGGAAAUUUUAAGGGAAUGAAAAUUAAGCCUGGCUCAAUGGGAAAACCGUCUCCUGCUUUUGAUGUUAAGAUUUUAGAUGUAAAUGGCAAUGUUCUACCUCCUGGACAAGAAGGAGAUAUUGGCAUUCAAGUUCUACCUAAACGACCAUUUGGCCUUUUUGCUCAUUAUAUAGAUAAUCCUACAAAAACAGCUUCAACACUACGAGGCAAUUUCUACAUCACUGGGGACAGGGGCUAUAUGGAUGAAGAUGGCUAUUUCUGGUUUGUUGCAAGAUCAGAUGAUAUCAUAUUAUCCUCUGGUUACAGAAUUGGACCAUUUGAGGUAGAAAGUGCCCUGAUUGAACAUCCUGCAGUUGUAGAGGCAGCUGUUGUCAGCAGCCCAGACCCCAUCAGGGGAGAGGUAGUAAAGGCUUUUAUUGUUCUGACCCCUGAAUCCAAGUCACAUGAUCAAGAACAACUAAAAAAGGAGAUUCAAGAGCAUGUAAAAAAAACUACAGCACCUUACAAAUAUCCCAGAAAGGUAGAAUUUGUUCAAGAGCUGCCAAAGACUAUCAGUGGGAAGAUAAAAAGAAAUGAACUGAGGAAGAAAGAAUGGGAAACAAUUUAAAUCCAUUCUAUUAUUUAUCACAGUAUCUAUAAAACAAAGACUCUGUCCAAACCACAAGAGUAUAGAGGUGAUUAAAAAUGUGAUAAUAUACUUACAAAUUGUUGAUUUAAAAUAUCUUGUGGUUGGAGCACCUGGCUAGCUCAGUCAGUAGAGCAUGCAACUCUUGAUCUCAGGGUUCUAAGUUUGAGCCCCACAUAGGGUGCAGAGAUUACUUAAAAAAAUAAAAUCUUUUAAAAAAGCAAAAUAAAAUAUUUUGUGGGUAUAACAUCAGAAGCUGAAUUCUGAAAUAAAAUAUUUAGUAAAUUCCUCUGCAUUAGUGUCAAUGUUAUUAUGAUUUUGGUAAUAUAAAAAGAAUGCCAUCAAGUGCUGAGAAAUUUUUAAACAUAGUAUCUGAACCAAAUUUCUGACCUGUUUGUUUUCAAAUUCUAGUUGAAUAAUUCCUCUGAUAUGUUGAUAUACAAAUCAGAACAAAUCUUCAAGUUUUGAAAUAAAACUAAACAACUUAUUAUAAAAGUUUUUAGAAAAAUAAAAAUCUCAGUUAGAAGAUACCAUAAUUCUUAAAGUCUAAAUAUCUACCUGAAAACAGGCUAGGGAUUUUUAUUAGUCACAUUUUUAUUCAAGUAAUUUAAAAAUAGUUUAAACUCAUUUCAAGGUCUAACUAAAAGAAGAACAUCAUACUACAGUUGCUUGUAUCUAAUCAAAUGCAGUAUACAAAAUAUUUAAUUUGUGGCUCUUCAAAAAAGUAUGAUAAAUUUGACAAGUGUUAAGAUACGACAUAAAAGGGUGCCUGGGUGGCUCAGUUGGUUAAGCGACUGCCUUCGGCUCAGGUCAUGAUCCUGGAGUCCUGGGAUCGAGUCCCAUAUCGGGCUCCCUGCUCAGCGGGGAGUCUGCUUCUCCCCCUGACCCUCCCCACUCUCAUGCUCUCUCUAUCUCAUUCUCUCUCUCAAAUAAAUAAAUAAAAUCUUUAAAAAAAAAAAAAGAUACAACAUAAAAAUAAAACAGUGUACAACUAUUAUCAGAAUAC